UUUUGUUUAUAAACAAACCGGCAUUUCUGUUUGAUUAUUCCGAUUAUUCAGAUUGUUGCUUGGGAGCAAUCUUUGUGCAGCGAGGAUGUCAUUCCAGUAUUCAUCAAACAAAUAUCCUAUGAAACAAACUGGUAGUAAAAAUGUUGGCUAUCGAGUGGAAAUGCUCAAAUGGAGCGAGAAGAUGGAUUUGCUUAUAAUUGCAAGUGACAAAGGCGAAGCCAUAUUAUACCGUCUGAAAUGGCAGAAGGUAUGGCAACUUGCGCCUCCCGAGGAAGGUUUGAGAAUCCGUGGUCUCUCCUUUAGACCGCUGGAAAAAGUAAUGGCCAUCGCAUACAGCAACGGAGCCGUUCUCCUCAUAAACAUAGAAAACAAGGAGGAAAUUCACAACUUUAGCGUUAAAUCCGAUAUUCGCUGCAUGAAUUGGACCGAUAAUACAACGGAAAUCAGUGUGAAUGGAACCAGCGGGGAUGCCAUCAACAACCACACAACAUUUCUGCCGCCUUUGCCAGGUCUGAAUUCAUUGUCUUCGACCACCAAAUCCAGCGAAUAUAAUGCGUUGAAAUUUUACUCGAAACAAAUUCUCAACCUGCUUAUCAUCGGCACCACCAGUGGGAUCAUCAAUCUGUCAGUAUUUGGUAUGCUACCAUGCUGUGAAAUGAAUUUAUUCCGAAUGCUGGGUCUUCGGUCGGACGAUGCCACGAUAAAAGAUGCUAAAAUGAGCACCAAUUUUCUGCAGAUGUUCGUCACGAUUGAACGGGAAGGCCUGCUGGAAUUAAUCAUAUUCGAAAAUGAUACCCUAAAACGGUUUUCAACCUCACUACUUAAUCUAGCGAUCAAGCAUGCUCACAUACUGGGUACUAUGGCAUAUAUUGGAGAUGCAAUUGAAUGCAUCAUAGAGGCUUGGGAGACAGUUUUGUUGGAGAUGGACAACAAGCUGACAAAGUAUGCGAACAGUCAACCCCAAGGAUCAAUAUCGGCCGACUUCUUGGAACUGUUGAUGUUUGGAUGCACCUCUCCGGCUCUGGAACAGUUUUUGCUCCGAGAUUUGACCGAGAAAGGGCUAAAAAAGUUGGGAAACAGUAUCGAGCUAAGUUAUUCGACUAUUCAGAAGCUAGUUGUGAAGCCACUUCAUACUGCGAUCUGUAGCGUAUUCUUCCAUUUGAAUUCCCUGCAAGGAAUGAUCAGGAACGAGUAUUAUUACAAACCACUUCUGGGAGACGUCUCCAACGAAGCGUUGAUUAACUGUGGAAGUUUUCUGAUCAAAGCUUACGAAUUGCAGCAAACAAUUGACACCUCAACAAGAGAUUUUAAAAUUUUCUUCCGAUGGUUGUACAUCGUGAUUGUUCGACUGAUGGACGAAUCACUCCCGGAAGAUAAUCCUUCGGUUACGCAGCAGGAGAUUAAUUAUUUGGCCGAGUUUCUCGAUAAUUUCGAUGCCAACCAAGAGCAAAACGAAGACGCAGAUUCGGUUGUGGGAGAACCGAGAAGGAAGUUCAACUUGGAACGCGUUGGGCAAUAUUUAGAGGACAAACCCUUAAAUUACCCGUCCAAAGUUGAUGCUACAAAUCAAUGGGCAAAAUUAUUGGAACAGAAUGAGUGUCUGAAAUCAUGUUCGCUCAUUUUUCCUCAUAACAUCGACAGUUCUCUGGUUCAACAGUUCAAUCAAUUGAAGGCUUGUAUUGAUAAAAUUUUCAAAAUCCCAAUCACAUUUAUUGGCAAGGAUUUUAAACAGAAAAGCAUUCUGACUCUGAGAAACCAGGAGGUUUCGGAAGCAUUCCAGCGGGCGGUUACCCAUAUUAACAUGCAGGAGAAUGAUUCAUCACUGUUCGCUCUACUUGAAUCCGACAACAGCCUUGUCAUAACAGAGUGCAACAAAUCAUCUGAGGUCCGAUCCGUACGGUUGCAUUUCGGGGAAAAACCUUAUUUUAAACCAAAACUUUCGUCCAUUGGCGAAUUAAAGUUCCGACAUGUUCAGUUUUAUAGCGAAGCCCUGCUUUCGGCGUUGCUCCGAGCACAAACCGAUGAAGGACACUCGCAAAGCUUCUUCCUUCAGGUUGAACUGAAGAAAAUUAGGCAACAACUUGAAGCGAUUCCUUUCGUGAAUGCUCAAACGGUCACCACGAGCAGCAUUAGCAGCGGUUGUCGCUUAAUCAAUGCGUACACUUUAAUCGAUGAAGGACAUUUGAGGCCACUGGAAGGAAUGGAAGCGGGUUUGAUUGCUGUUUCUGGCCCAAGAAAUCUUAUCUCCGUCGUGUCGGAAUCAUUGAAAUCGAUCCGAAUAUACGACAUGGAUGCUCACGAGGAUGAGGAUGAUUUGUUGGAUGGUCUGCCCCACCAAAGCAGCUUCGAUAGUUCCAGAGAUGCGAUGCAGCUUUCUCAAUGAGUUUCGAAUUAAUCUGUUAAGAGAUGUCAAUAAAAAUAUUGAAUUGGUGUUCUUUCGAUUUUUA